AUGUUGAUAAAUCCACGUAUCGUGUCGACAGCUGCGGCAUUAGCUAUCACUUGUGUAGUUUCUGCAGCAGCAUACUACUAUAAGCAUCGGAACACUGAGAUAAACGAAGUAAUGAUAUUUUGCAAAUUACAAUACAAUGCACAUAAAUGCUUCGAUAAACUAGUCAGUUUUAUAGAGGCCGCGAAGAACAGCGUCCAUGUGUGUAUGCCAGGCAUCCAUAACCCUGCUAUCCAAGGAAGAUUGGUCGAGCUCAUAAAGAAGAAAAAUAUCAAGGCACGCAUUAUAUUAGACCAUGCAGGUUACAAUGAGUCCACAGAUUUCUUAUUGCAAGAGCUCAAGGAUGUUGGAGCAGAAAUUAGAAGCCUAGAAAAAGAAUCUGUCAAUAAAAUGCAACACAAAUUUUGCCUAGUCGACGAUGAAGUACUUAUGACAGGAACUCUAAAUUGGGGAAAUGAUCGGUCAUCAGAUCAUUGGAAUUAUGUUUUUAUAACUAACAAUACUCAGCUUGUGGAACCAGUUAAAACAAACUUUUACCAAAUGUGGAGUGAAUCCUCCAGUGAGACAUCAUCUGCUACAAUAUCUGAUAAGCAAAAUGAUAGUAAUGAAACAGUCAAUCUUUACCAGGAGAGCUUUGAAUAUAUUGAUCAUUUUGAAACAGAAAAGCUUAAACGGACACCGACUCCGGAAUUAUUAAUAUUAUAA